GACGGUACACAAAUCUUACGGGAUCAAUUUCCACUUUUUCAUAAUUGUGAAAAUCGCGGAUUUCUCACGCUGUGUAAGCUAUUUAUUUUUAAACAACAAUAUGACCGAAGAUCUGAAACUGAUCGUGUUGGAGGUGAACAAGCUGCUCCAGACCGAUUACAACCUGAUAACGUUCGAUUCGCUGGCGCCGGAAUCGUUGCUGCAGGUGCUGGUCGAUGUGUUUCACGCCUUUCAAGCGAUCGAUAAGCUGGACGUGCGGGAGCUGGACCCGGAGGAAACCAAUCUGCUGGUGAUGGAAUCGCUGCGGAAAAUUCAAUACCGCCCACCGGGUGAUCUGGAGGAUCCCGGUUCUUUUCGGCGGGGUUUGGUCCGGGGCGAGAAAAAACUGAUCCAUCCGAUCCUGCGGUGGACCUUUGAAAAUCGCGAUCGGGUUAAGAAAUCUUCGUAUUUGGCUAAGUUUCUGAUUCCGUUGGAUUUGCCGCCGGAGGCGAUGGCGAUGCCAGAUUUGAGCAACUUGUGGGCUCAAUAUCUGCAGACUAUGGAUGACUUCAAGGAUGCCCAUCGAGCCUAUGAGCAGUCGGUGCAUGAGGGAGCUCAAACUAGGGAGUUGAGGAGUGACAUUGGAGCGAUUGAGGCCGAGAUUGAGAACGUUAAGAAAAGAAUCGAACGUACUCAAGGAAGAUUGGACAAGGUUCCCCAGCAGGAGCUGUUGCUCGAGGCAGCGAAUAGUCUGCGCAUUGAGAAAGAGCGCCAGAAGGAGCUGUUGGCUCAAAUCGAAGAACAAAAGCAAGGUUUGCACCGUGCAAAUUUGAUCCACGAUCGGCUGCAGAAAGAUGUUCACAAUGCAAAGAUGUCGGUGCAAGGAGCAACACCGCAGAAUCUGAUGGAAAGCAUUAUCGAGGAAACCCAAGUUCUGGAGUUUAUGGUCCAACAGAAACUGCCUCAGGAGCUGCUUCAACGACGAUCAGAAGUUCAAACACUGCAGGAGGUUAUCGAUGAACCAAAUAUUACCCGUAGCGAUCUGACGGAAUUGCAAGGAAAGAUCGACGAUUUGAACCGGGAGAUACAAAAACACGUAGAGAUACGGAUGACCGAAUACAACACCCAUAACGAUACGCUGGGACCGUUUCGUCAACAGGCAGCGAUGGUCGCUAGGAACAAAGAAGCGGCGGCCGAGCAGUUGGAUCAGAUGACGAAGGAACUGCGGGAGAUCGACAAUCUGCUGCAAGACAAGCAGCACCGUUUGCAGGAAACAGUCGGAGAAGUAAUUCUACGUGGAGAAGAACUGAAGCAGUUCGUCAAUACGCUUCGGGCCAAAAGUAACGUUUACAAGCAACAGAGAUCUGAACUAGCGUCGGUCAAGGCGGAAGUGGCUGAUCUGACGCAAACGUUGGAGAAUCUCAAAUCCCAGGAUCCUUCACUCUCGAGUACCCUGUCCCAGGUGACGACGGACGACGAAACGGCAAGCCUGGUCAGUGGCAGUGGGCUUGGUGGUGGGGAUCUAGGCAGUUUGGUCGAUUCUGUCCCCUCGAGCCGUCCCGAUUCGCCGUCCUCCGGCAUUGCGUCCCGUGGUAUGACCGAGCUGACGCGACUCGUUGACGGCCUCCAGAGGGCCGUGACGGCCGCAAGAGAACGUGUCACACCGCUGUCGCAGCAAUUGCGCCCACUCAGGGAGCGGGUAAUCGAGCUGAAGGAUGAGAUGGAUUCCAAGAAGCAGUCCUACGAUGCGUUGAUUGCCACCUUGAAUGCCGAGUCAGCCGUGAUGCAAACCAAGAUCACCGAAGCCGACAAAGCUAUCAAGUCGCUGGAGCAACAGUGGCAGGAGCUGCAGCUGGAGUACGAACGCUCGGAGCUGCUGCUGGAAAAAGCUGGCGAGGAGCUUGCGGCAGCCGUCACCGAUCCCAGCGGCAAGACGCGACUGUCCCUGAAGGAAACGCUGUCGCAGCAGAUCUUCGAACAGGAAACCAUCGGAAAGCGGAUGCUGGAGGAUCGGAACCGAUUGCAGGGAAACCGAACCGAACGGCAACGGCAGCAGGAAAUGUGGGGGGAUCUGAAGCGGCUGUUUGAGGUGAAAAUAAAGUGCUUUUACGACAACAAACAACGGGGACCGGGCGGAACGAUGUCCGUCAGCCGAGGAGGGGCGGAAACGUUCACGCUGCAAUGAACAGAUUUUAUUCCCUAUAUAUAGACUGUACUGAAAAUUAUGAAUAGGUACACUUUCUUUCUUAAAUAAAAGAAACAAUGAUUUUAAAUAAUGUUAUU